GAGAGAUAGGAUUGCCUCUUUCUGAUAGGGGAGAGAGAGGAAGGUAAAGUUUGGAACUUCGAAGGGAGAAAUGGGAGGAGGAGCAGCAGCAGCAGCACACGUAGUCAAGAGAAUUCCACGCAUUAAAUUCCCUCAAAGACACGCAAAAUCUUCAUCUUCAGGGUUUGUCCCCCAAACUCAAGCUGCGUCAACAGAUACAGAGAUUCAUCAUUUUAUCAUGUCAAGCUCGGAAGUUCCCGCAUCUCCAGCCAAUAUUGCUGAGGGAGGCAAAGCUUCUCUUCAGCCAAGACGCACACCUGUCUCAGAAAGGGAAAUUGAGGCUGUUCAGCUGGGCGGCACCUUCUGACUCUACGACCAAUUAGCUUAUGAAAGAAGGUCACCGCUGUCUUAUUUUCUGGUACAAAAUUCCAUCCUUUAGUACUAUUAACCCUUGUUACAUAUGUAUGAAGGAGUGAAUAAGUAAAGGGUGAAAUAGUGCCUUAGUGUCUUUCAAUGUAAGGAGGAUACGUUCUUUCAAAAUUUCUGUAAUCGUUUCCUGUUAACAUUGCAUUAUUUUUGGCUUUUUCCUGGCAAGUUAUCAUCCUUUUGCUGU